AUGCUUCAAUUAGACAGCAAAAACGGCGUUAUCCUCUCAGGAGUGCUGUCAGUGGUCUUUGCCACUGUCUAUAUACUUCUAAAGAGUGAAUAUUUUUGGUAUAUAUCGAGCGAUCUGGGCUUGCAUGUUUCGGCUUUGCAGAUUAUGGGAAGCAUAUGCCUAGUAAUUGGUGCCAUAAAGAACUGUUACAAGCUUUUCGUGCCUUGGAUGAUAACAUGUGGAUUCUUCUUGUACCUCAUGGUUUACCUGGGGGUUGCAAUGAUGGUCAAUGGAGAUUGGCUCUUUCUUCCGAUCAUGGUAGUCCCAUUUACAGCGUAUCUCAGUUAUGCCCUGUUCUCGGUUCAAAAGGCAUUCGACAGAAUGCGUAAGGAAGAACCGCCAUCGUACGAAAAUCUGGUUGGGAAAAAGGAUUUUAUAGGCCACAUAUAAUACCUAUAGAGUUGUACAUGAGAAUAUUCUUAUACACACAUACUAAAUGUAUAUCAAUCGUAAUUAUAAAUCUAAUCGGCAGCGCAUUGAAUUGA